AUGGCAGCCCCCAAAAUUGUCCAGAUCCGGUCGGGCGCUACCAAGCAGGUAGACGGCUACGGCUUCCUCAAAGAACCGGACUUCGACGACAAGGAACACGCCGACUACGUGAAGAGGUAUCUACCGAUCCUGGUGAAUCGACGGAAGAAAUGGGACGCCCUGCUGCAGAAGCAGCAGCUGCCGCUGAGCAAGAACGACCUCACGAAGAGAUACAUCCGGAAGGGGAUUCCCCAGGUCUACCGUCGGCUGGUCUGGAUGGACGUGAGCGGGGCCCAACGUUUGAAGGAGAGCCACCGAGGCCGCUACAAGGCUCUCUUGGCCUCGUCCCUGUCCAAAGAGGUGGUUCACGCCAUCAAGGUCGACCUGUCGCGGACCUUCACGCACAACGUUUACUUCGGCUCUUCGCCGGACGGCCUGCGACUACCGCUGUUCAACGUCCUGGGCGCAUUCGCAUCUGCGCAUCCGGACGUCGGCUACUGCCAGGGACUUAAUUACGUCGCCGGACUCCUGCUCCUGGUCACUCGAUGCGAAGAGGAUACCUUUUGGCUCCUCGAGGCCCUGCGAGAGAACAUCUUACCGUCCAGGUACUACGCUGCAGACCUCUUCGGGGUUCUGGUGGACAUGGAAGUCCUGGGUUAUUUGAUCGGAAACAAAGUCCCACGGGUUCACGCUCACUUCAAGAAGCAAGGGAUCGCCUGGAACCUGUUGGUAACCAGAUGGCACGUCUGCUUGUACGCCGACGUCUUGCCCGUGGAGACCGUUCUCAGGAUAUGGGAUUGUCUGUUCUACGAGGGGAGCAAGGUCCUCUUUCGAGUCGGCAUCGCUCUGGUGAAACUGGGCGAAGAGAAGAUCCUGGGCUCCAACGAUCUCUUUGCCAUCACGGAGAGCAUGAAGGAGACUUGCACCGGUCCGGCCGUCCUCGACUGCCACGCUUUCAUCCGGAGAAGCUUGGAAAUCGCGGAUCCUCUGUCCGGAAAGACCAUCGCGUCGCUUCGGGGGCGAGUCGGCGAAGACGUGGAGAAGUUCCGGGGGCUCCGCGGCAGACGUUGCGGGGGAUUCACCGAUUUAUAUCUGGGGAACCCCCUAGAUCCCAGAUCGUAG